AUGCCCUCCAACGGCCCCAACAAGUCCAACAAGUCCAACAACUAUCCUGCACGCUCUCAGUCCCUGUCUUCUGGCACGACAUCUUCUUCUCGUGAGACUCACCACUCCGACGAUAAGCGUCGUGGUCGGAGAUUCACAAAUCCCCUGGUCUCCAAACUCUCUCGAUCCAGUCAGAAAUCUCCUGCUUCGUUGGAUCUUCCCAAAUCUCACCGCCGUCACCGCUCCGCAAGCGUCGAGUCCAAUCAUCACGACAUCGCACGGCGGAGCUUCUCCGACUCAUCCACACUGACCUCUUCAUCCCUCGACAUCAACCGCGCCUUUGGCUCGCAGAGUCCGACCCGCAUGGCUUUUCACCCUCUCGGUUCCCAGUCUCCUCGACAGGAGCAGGCGGGACAUACACAGUCUGAAACUAUCGGACGCAAGCACUGCAAUGACUAUCGUCGCUACAACGGUACUGUUCAGCAAUACGGCCGCCACUCUAAUGAUUGGCUUUUUGGGGGCUUUAGCGUGCGCGAGACCGUCCGCGAUGGCAUCGACAAGCUCCGCCACCAUGGCAAGGAGAGUUGA